AUGGGGAAGGUGGCGCGAUCGACAGGGCGAACGACGGUGAUGGUGGCGGCAGCGGCAGGCGCGGCGAACAUGCCGAGAGACGCAGUAACAUCACAUCGAAGACAGGACGAAGAGGAGGAGGAGGUCGUGGGAGGAGGAGCCACUGGUCACCAGGAGCAGCACGGGGGAUUGUAUGCCGAAGAGCUGCAUAUGAAAGCAUGCGCAGAGGAGGAGCUCCGGCAGCGGGCCAGGAGGAAGUUGAUGGAGAUGCUAGCGUUCGUUGUGUUCCUCAUCCUCUUCACCUAUUUCUCCAGGGAAUUCACCGCCGCCACGCUCGAAGGAGCGACGUUUUCGAGCACGACCUACUUCAAGAGUUUCUCGGAUGUCAGCACUGUCGAUGACUUCUGGACCUGGCUAGUAGAGUGCCCGAUGCAGUACCUGUACAUAGACCGGAGCUACAACGGCUCCUUCUUCGGACCUGACUUCCAGGGUACAAGGUGGCGAGUCAUAGGCAACAAUGUGAUGGUACAGAGGCCGAGGUUGAGGCAGAUCCGGGUCGAGCCGCAGGCUUGCAAGGUUCCCAGCAGGAUGAGGGCGACAGUCGGGUACGGGGACGGGCAGGUUUGUAUCCCCAAGAUCCAAGACGCCGACAUUGACAAGUCCACCUGGUGGGCUCUAGAGCUCAACUCCUCCUUCGCGAUGGUUCAGCGCCCGGCUCCCUUCUACUCCGCUUCCCAGCUCUCCAGCUCGAGUGUCACCUCUAGAGCCUCCGGCUCUCCCAUCUCCUACGACGGAGGAGGUUUCAUUCAGGAUUUUCCGCUCAACAUGUCCAACGCGCAGUUCGUGGAAUUUGUGAAGGCCCUGCGAGCUGGGGGCUGGACUGACGCCAGGACGAGGGCUGUGCUGUUUGACUACGUGGUGUACAACCAGGUUCUGAACCUGUUCCUCUCUACCAGGCUCUUGUUCGAGUUCCUGCCCUACGGCUUCGUCCGCUCCAGCAGCAGCAUCCGCGUGAUGCGGUUCGGAUACGUCAGGCUGUCUGACAUCUCGCUUCUCGUGCUCGACAUCUUCGUCUACGUCAGCGUCGUGGUCUGGCUGGGCCUCCUGACGUUCCGGGUGUGGAGGAACAGGACGAGGGUUCUGCGGGACGUCUGGUUCUUCAUUGACCUUGUGAACAUCAUCAUCUUCGUCAUCACCCUCGGCUACAAGGUCCAGUACUACCUCAUGGUCAAGGACUUUAUCGGGGGCUACCCUGAUCCCUCCGUAGCCAGUAGCCCGUCCCAGGAGUCUCCAGUGUUCGGGUCGGGCAGGGACGAGUCUGGGUACCUGCAGAAGUACCUGGACUUCGAUGCGAUGGGAUGGUACUCCUAUCAGAUCACAAACUGGACGGGAUUCAACGGCCUGAUCACCUGGCUCAAGUUCCUUGGGUACCUGCAGUACCUCAACCCCGCCGUAUCGAAGCUCAUCCUGACCCUGGCGAGAUCGGCUAAAGACAUCACGAUAUUCUCGAUCCUCCUCGCCAUCGCCCUCUGGGCCUUUGCACUGGCGCUGUACGUGUCGUUCGGGUCGGAGAUGGAAGAGUUCAAGUCUGUAAACCUCGCGUACAUCAACGUGUGCAAGUCGCUGGUGCAAGGGCUGGACUUUGACAAGAUCCGACAAGUCAACGUCUACCUUGGCCCCCUCCUCUUCCUUCUCUUCCAGUUCAUCUGCUUCUUCUUCCUCCUCAACAUGUUCAUCGCCAUCAUCCUCAACGUGUACCAGGAGGUGGUCAACACACCGGAAGACCCGUUCGCCGUCGCUUUCCGUGCUGAGUUCAGACGUCUGCUCGAAGGACUGAGAGGGAGGGUCGUGAAAGCGGCGAGGAGGAAGGGGAGGGUUGACAUGGAGGACGACUUCGAAAGUUCAGAGGAGGGAGCAGGGCUCAAGGAAGUGAAGGUUCAGACAAGGCGGAGCAGUUUGGGUGGAGGAGCAGGGGAUAGCGACGCGAAUCAGGUGAGGGCUGGAGGAGGGACGAGAAGAGGGCGAAGGUCGGAGGAGGAGGAGGCGGGAAUGAUGAAGAUGGAGAGAGAUGUUCUCGAUUGA